AUGUGGCCAAUCUCCGCCUUCCUUCAGUUCAUCGUGAUUCCCAGACCGUCUUCGGUGUUGACAACAUGUUUUCCAGUAAAACCCAAGCAACGCCCCCCGUAUACGGGCACCAAGACCCGUCGCCGUCGCAAAACCACGUCAGAAGAGCGUAUCUGCCCAGUGUGCGCUCAGUCGUUUAAGAAAGCAGAGCACUUGGCUCGCCAUCUGAGGUCGCAUACGAAAGAAAAGCCGUUCAACUGCUCUGUCUGCAAGAAGGCCUUCGCACGACAGGACACUCUCCUACGCCAUUCAAGGUCUCAUUUGGCUAGAAAUGAGGACUACGCCGAGGUGCACGCCAUCUCUCUUGGGUCAGAUCAUCAGGGAGUUCUGGAUCCCGACAUCAUGUCGGAUCCGCCGAUGGUUGCCGGCCGCUCGACAGUUGCGCUCCAAAUAGAGGCUGGGAUCACAGAUGAUAUGAUUCAGGCACCAGCUUCACCACCGAACAGCACAUCCAUCGACAAGCAGACACCAAAUCUCUCAAUUGGAGAUCCCAACACAUACCCUUCGCAAGUCACGCCCUUGACCUCCUUCUUUUCCGUGGAAGCAGGCGACAUCUGGAGAAGCCAAGUAAGCCCACCACCUCCACUUUGGGACUCCCGACUCGAGCGGGAGUGGGAAACGCUCCUGGCAGGUGACGACUUUGACUUGGACGCCGUGAACAUGUCGCUUCUCUGUGCAACAUCCGACUAUGUCCCAACGGCCGAAAAUCUGUCUGGCCUGGGUACCAUGGAACCUACUUCACAACCUCUACCAAUUGACGAACAGACGAAGAGGCACGCCAAUACGGUUCAGAAGAAAUGGCAUACAUUCUCGGCGAUUUCGUUGUCGAGCCAGAUGACUCCGGAUAUACCGCAUGAAAGCAACUUUAUUGAUGAAUCCUAUCGAAAGCGAUUGGCAGAAGGACUGCAGGCUCGUCAACAGCAUGGCAUAUUACCUUCAACGCCAUUUCUUGACCUAUGCAUCCAAGCAUACUUUUCCAAGUUUCAUCCGCUCUUCCCCGUGGUGCAUAUGCCUUCCUUUCGACCAGGGACUCAAAAUUCGAUCUUGCUGCUAUCCAUUUGUUCUGUUGGGAGCCUGAUUGUCGGCUCGCCUCGCGCGAUCAAUCAUGGUGUUAGCAUGUUUGAACGGUUGAAUAAGGCAAUUCUCGCUUCGUGGGAUACUUACAUAUCAAAGUCCGAAGACUCAUCAUUAGUGGCUCUGCAAGCAUCCAUUAUUGGUCAGACUUUCGGUCUCUUAAUGGGGAGACCCAAAGAUUUGACCGGGAUCGAAAUAUUCCAUGGCAGUAUAAUAGCCUGGGCACGUAAAGCACAGCUUUUCAAAUUGCAACAUCCCGAGUACGAUCUCGACGUCGACAGCCAGGCACUCGAAGAUACAUGGAUGUCUUGGGUCCGCACAGAAGUCAAACAAAGACUCGUCUUAGGUCUUUACAUUCACGACGCACAGCUUGCGCGUCUUCAUCAUCACGAACCCGUCCUCCGACACUCACUAGACCGACUUCCUCGGAUAUCUUCCGACGACCUCUUCGCAGCCUCCAGCGCAACCCACUGGAAAGCCCUCAUGCUCGAAUCCCAAAUGACACUGUCCUCACCCACCUCCCACCCUGAAAGAACCAGCAACUUCGCACUCUGCGGGAGCCUCGAGUCGAUCAGCGCAAUUGCCUGCGAAGACCACAGCUUCGCCAACGACUGGGCCUCGACCAGUCGCAAAUGCCACCCACUGUUAUCCGAAUGGCACUCCAAGUACGCGCACAGCAUGGCUGGGAAAUCCGGCUGGUCCUGCCUGAUGAUGCUCUGGCAUUCAAUCUACAUCAUGUUACACAUCGACUUUAAUGCCCUGGAAUGCGCCUGCGGUCGGGAGGGCUAUGACGCUGUCCAAAAGCAUACACCUUAUGCUCGAUCCUGGGUGCGAUCUACGGAUGCCAAGCGGGCUCUCUUGCACGCGAUGCUGAUCCAGCGGCAUUUCGAGUCCCUCCCUGUUGGCGUGGAGCCUGCUAUCCAUGUUCCGAUGUGUCUAUACUAUUGUGGGGUUAUCUGGGCCUGCUUUAUAUGUUUCAGUGAUAGGGGUGACGUCGAUGAAGACCCCGUUUCCGUGUCUGCAGCCGAUGCGCAGCAGUUUGCAGAGCUCCGCCUGCCAGGCGUAGAUGGGAUUAGGCUUUGUCUUGAAGAGACUGGUGCGAUCGUGCCGAGGAGGCUGGCGACAGGGUCGAUGUUUCGAAUUAUCGAUCUGCUGAAGCGCAUUAGCCAUUGGAAGAUUGCGAAGAGCUUGGCAGCUACGCUUUUGGCGCUGAGCUUCUCAUUUAAACUUGCGCUUCAACCAACCGAAGAAACCGCCCUUCUUCUUCUCGGGCUGCUGCGACUCGGCGGUCUUCUCGGCCUUGUUCUCUUGGGCCUUGGCCGGCUCUUGAGCGGACUCCUUGGCCUCGGGCUUGGAGGCCUCGGUUUGAGGCUGCUCGGUCUGGGGCUCUUCGCCGCGCUUGACAGCGGCCUCGGGCUUCUUAGGCUCCUCGGGGGCAGCAGCAGCAGCGGCCGCCGGGGCGGCGUUCUUGUCAGCCUUGGAGGUGUUGAUGGCAGCAGCGGCAGCAGCGACGGCAUCCGGCGACGCGGGCGCCUUCUCGUUGGCAGUGGACUUGGAGACGGGCGGCUGGGUCGCGGGAGGCUGCACCGACUGCUUCUCCUCGGCCUUGGGCUUCUCGGCCGUGGGCUCGGGCACGGGCUCGGGCGCCGUGUAGGCGGCAGUCGAGGCCGGACCGGCACCAGCCAGGUUCUGCUUCUCGGCCGCAGCGCUGGCGGCAGCCUUCUCCUCCUCCGUCUUGGCCAUCUUGUGCGGCUUCACCUCGUCGUUGGAGAAGAUGGGCUUCUCGUACGGGCGCUUGGUGUGAGCGGCAUCGCUCUCCGAGGGGACAGCGGCGGACUCAACGGACUUGGGAUGUUCGGCAGAGCUAGGGGCAACGGCGCCGGUCGUGGCAGCGGUGGAAGUGGCGGACUCCUCGGCGGCAGUCUCGGUGGUCGAGGGGUAGAUGUCGGCACCCAGGGAGGUAUCCUUGACGACCAGGUUUGUCCUACCCUUAUCCUCGGCGUCGGACUUGAGAGUCUCGACCUUGUUCUCCUGCACGGGCUGCUUCUCAGCAGGAAGAGUGGAAGGAGCAGCAGCAGCAGCAGCAGCAGGCGCGGACUCCUCGACCGUCUCUUCCGCCUUCGUCUCCUCCUUCGAGGCCUUCGAGGCCUUGGACUCGGCGGUCUUCGGACGCUCAGUCUCAGUGGCGGUAGUGGCGGGCGCAGCGUCGGUCUUGCUCACAUCGGCGGCCCCGUUCUCCGUCGCAGAUGCAGCGGCGGGCGCCUCCGUCUGUGCGGUGGUAGACUCGGCCUUGUCGUCACCAUACAGCUGCUUGUUCUCGGUCUCGUGGCCGGGAUGACUGCAGGGGGUGGAUGUCAGUCUUGCGCGACAUACAGCUCGGUCGGUGGCACGCGACCACCCAAAGUGCGACCAGCGAUGAGGGGGUUUUUUUGCGUCGAUGCUUAUUUUUGGGAAGUCGACGCUUUGAGUACUUACACGACAUUCUUCGCAGCAUCGGCGACCUUGUCGGCAGCAGCAGCGGCGGGCGCCUUCGCGCCGCCCUUGUUCUUCUUCUUGCCACCCUUCUUAGGCAUUAUGUUCGUGACGAUUCGUGAGGUGGCUGCGACCGACAAAAAUUGGCACACAAUUGACGCGAUGGCUGCAGCGAGGGACUUACGGUUUGGAGAUGGGAGAGAGGAGGAGGUGCAGAAGUGA